AUGGCACCAUUAGUCCUUUGGCUGUUUUGCAUUUUUUUCCUAUUCCAUGCACAAAAAAUACGGAUCAAUGCAUUGAGACAUGUAUUGCGUUUUGAACACACCAAUAAACUGUUUAUGAAUGUGGAAUGUUUAGGGCACUUGUACGAAGUCGCGGCUGAAGUUAGGCAGCUGAACCUUGGGCUACUUACACCGAACUAUUCUCUAAUGGCGCGGCUACAGCAACUGAUCGAACAGACGUUGCCGGAUGACGCUCAUCAGCGUGCAACCGACAAGCUGUUCGUUUCCGUGACGAAUUUGACUCGCAAGCACAACGUUUUGGCCAGCAGCUUCACCUCACGAAGCGAGUUAAUUAGGGUAACAUUGAAAUCGUAUUUAUUCAUUUCUUUCACGUCUAUAUUGUCCGUGAAUUUACAUUUCGUGGACGGCGGACUGACGUGUAAUUUGCCGAAGUUUCAUGACACCCGCACGAUCACCGUCAGCCCGUUCCGGGGAGACAUGAGCGUGCGAAACUUAAUGAACGGAGCUCGAGCACUAUUCCCGCCGGAAACGUCCGUGUUAGAGCAAUACUACGCCCUCGGUUAUAGCGAUACAAUGCGCUUUCUGAUUAACAACAACUUGUUCGCAAAAUUGGACAAAACCUGUGAGUGA